GUUCAGGGGUCGUCAGGGGUCAUCCGAUAGACAACAUUCGUCACAACAAUCAUGCAAGGCACCGGGAAGCACCUGUGUCUCGCUGCCGCAGCUUUCCUUGCUGCAUAUGCUGCCCACGUUUACCUGAGCCGGCCCAAUGUGCCGGCUCCAGCGGGAGGAAGGUGCCAUGACGCCCGGCCUGCUGACAGGGACGCCGCGGGAGGACCGUACCGGCACGGCGCGGUGUCCUCCGACUCCGCACAGUGUUCACGGAUAGGCAGAGACACCAUGAUGCAGCUGAACGGUUCGGCCGUGGAUGCCGCCAUUGCUACUCUCCUGUGUCUGGGUGUCGUGCAUCCUCACUCUCUGGGGCUCGGCGGGGGGUUGCUGAUGACUGUGUACAACAAAGAUACGGGCACGUCACAAGUCAUCAAUGCGCUCGAUACAGCCCCUUUGGGAUCCUCGGAAGACAUGUUUGCAGAGAACCCUGAACUGUCGGUGAUGGGUGGCUUAUCAGUGGCCGUACCAGGCCAGGUCCGCGGGCUGUGGGAGGCGCACCAGAGGUACGGGAAGCUGCCGUGGAGAGACCUGUUCUUACCGGCUAUACAGCUGGCAGAGGAGGGGACAUGCAUAGGAAAACAUAUGGCCAGAGCCAUAAAAAUGAAGAGAGCUGCCAUCUGGGACAGAAAUAACGACCUAUGUGACGUGUUCUGCGACGAGCACGGUGCCUUUCUGCGUGAAAACAUGACUGUCAAAAGACCACAACUUGCCAAGACGCUCCUGGCGGUUGCCAAUGGUGGUGCAGAUGCCUUCUAUAGGGGCGAGAUUGCCAAGAAUUUGGUGAAGGACAUUCAAAACCACGGCGGCAUCAUUACUGAGCAAGACCUGUUGGAGUACCGGGCGGAAGUAACGUCCCCACUCAACACGUCACUUCCGGGAGGACAGGUCCUGCUGACGUCACCACCACCUUCAGGAGGAGCUACCUUGAUUCUUGCUCUCAACAUCUUUGCCGGUUAUGGACUGAAUUCUUCGGCCAUAGACGGUGUGCAAAACCAGGUCCUGACGUACCACAGGAUGUUGGAGGCUUACAAGUUUAGUACCGGUCAAGAAACGGCGCUGGGAGAUCCCAACUUCGUAAACGUGGAGGAGCUCACGAAGAGGAUGGUAUCGAAAGAUUUCGCGGACGAACUCCGCCGUAAGAUCGACGACACCCGGACGUUCGACAGCUCCUACUAUGGCCUGGACGUGCCCAGUCCGGACAUCCGCGGGACUUCUCAUGUGUCGGUGUUGGGGCCGAACGGAGAUGCCGUGGCCCUCACCAGUUCUAUCGGAACGUAUUUCGGUGCGACAUUCCGAUCCCCGUCUACUGGCAUCAUCCUCAACAACCGCAUGAUUCUCUUCACACUGAAGGGGGAAAACCUGACUCGGGUAUAUUCUCGAAAUCCAGGAGAACGCGUGCAUCCUGGGAAGCGUAGCAAGACGGCCCAGAGUCCCACAGUCGUGUUGGACCGACAUGGUGACGUCAUACUGGUGAUCGGCGCCUCGGGAGGAAAGAAAAUCGCAUCAGUAUUGAUUGAUGCAAUUGUUCACCAUCUACUAUUCGGAAUGAACAUCUCCUCUGCCAUAGAGAAGCCACGUCUUCACGUGGGGGUGAUUAAUGGCGUCUGCACGCUGCAGGACGAGAGGCAUUAUCCGUUCAAGCCAGAGGCGGUGCUGCAUCAAUUGGUGAAGAUGCAUGGCAAAACAGCUCCGGAGUUGCACCAGGCCAUAGUGCAGGCGGUGGCUCGGGAGGACUCGGCAAUCUCCGGCUCCGCUCGGGAGGACUCGGCAAUCUUCGCUCACUCCGACUCCAGGAAGGGCGGCUUCCCGGCGGGAUUCUAGUGUUACCAGUGAAAGUGGAUCUGCGGGUUUUCAUCUUGAGCGACCCGGGCCUACGGUAGCAUAAGAUAAUAUUAAAAGAUGCCAGAGGAGUGUGUUUGGCUAGUGGGCACUUUGUCCCAGAUAAAGACGUAAGUCGCGAAUAUAAUCAUUAACAUUACGGAUAUUCGUGUAGCUGUUAAUAUGGCUACAGGAAAGGGCAGCAACACCAUUGUUGAAUAAAAAUUUUCCUCCCUCUUUCACUCCUAGACCGGCUUCCCUCCACUGGCAGCUUUUGAUACUAUCUCAUGCUACCGUAGGAUCUGCUUGGAGAUUUGUUUCUUCAGUAUAAACUAUCAUCUGAGUUGCAUUUAUUGUUCUAAACAUUAAGUAGCAAUGUUUAGUUGAAAAUGUGCAGCAAACAAUAAAAUCAUGAAAGGUGCUGUGUAUGCAAUGCUUGGUUGACAUAACACAACAAGUUUCAGUUGUUCAUUUUGUAUUGUAUAUGUAUGUGGUCACAAUAUCAUCCAGUUAGCUGCCUAGCGUCCACAUUGUAUUGUACCUGUCACAAUUCGAAUAAAGUCAAAGUUUAGGGUGUUUGCAAAGUUAAGUAGGCCUGAGGGAUCUUUAUAUAGACAUUUGGAAAAAAAUAAAGGAUGUAUAGAGACUGAUAAUAUGAUAGGAAGCAAUAGGCGAUGUGAAAGACCAUGCACGACUAUAUGUGACUAUUCUACACCGGAUAUUCAUCAAGUUAGUUCGCCGGACUCACCCUCAAAGAAACCAAUCGAGACUGAAACACUGCUCUGAGGAUUGCAGACUUGAUUGUUGCAAUAUAUGACAAUGAAAACUGUAGGUCAAACUUUGUUUCCGCUUCAACUGUUAAAAGUAAGACUUUGGAGAGAUAAACAAAAUUAUCAGGAACACUUAAAUUCACGUUGCAGCUCGUCUUUAAUAACCUUCGCCCGGAAGCGUAGACCUGUCUGUCAUCAGUUAAAUGAUAAUUCAUAGACGUGUUUAUGAACCUUUAACAUUAGCCAUUCCAAACGAGUCAUGGACUGACGCUACUAUGAUUCUGUAUACAAUAAAAUCGCUGCACACCACUCUGCUGCCAUGUUGCCUGUCUUGUACAUUAAUACAUUAAGGAUUACACAUUAAAACUAUCGUUAAAACA